AUGUCACAAGAAGCUUUCAUCAGUGAAACAUUUGAUCGCCUUUCGCUUUCAUCGAGUAAUGUAUCAGAUGAGAUCGCGAAGAAGCUUCAGCGUAUGCGACAGCAAAUUUCAUCUUCCAGUCGUCGGCAGAUUCUAAUGCAGAAAAUUGAUUCUGCAGUCGAGGACCUUCGAUCGUCAGCUGAUAAUGCUCUGUUAAAGGCUAACGAUCGUGUGCGUAUUAUUGAAAAAGAAGAAGCCGUCGAUCUUGAUAAAGUGGCUUGCAGAAUUGCGCAAUACAGUGAGGCGAUAAAAGAGUUGAAAGAAGGCGCUGAGUACAUGCGUAGAUGUAAGAAAUUAACUUGUCUUCUGCAAUGCCGACAAAAAAUGAUGGCACUUGUGGAAGGAGCGCAGGAAAUCGAAAGCUUCAUCGCUGGUUUCGCAUCCUCCCUCCGCUUGCUGUCGGUGUCCAAUGUGUUGAAACAUUUGUCCGCACUACUUGAAUCAACCCGUUUGCUCUAUGCUACCUCAAUCCUUACCGAAUCAGAUGAUGUUGAUGAGGACUGGCGCAGGGAUGCGUUGAGGUCGGUUUCAGUUGAGAAGAGCGAAGAUGCAGCGCCAUGUUCAAAGGAAGCUGCUGGUAAUCAAACUGCUGAAUCAGCAGGCUCCUCGAAAGAAACGAGUGCUGCAGCCAAAGAGAAACAUGGUGUCGACGUAUCACCGCAUCGUGACAGUAUUGAAUGGGAAUACCGCGUGUUCUUCAAGGGCAUGAAAGCCAACAUAACAGAGCCCGAUUUACGAGAAGCCUUCUCUGUGUUUGGACACGUUGGUGAGAUCCGGCGAUUUCUCCAACCGAAUAGAAUGCACACCAAUGGACGGGGUUACGUAACUUUCGACUCGUUGUCCGCAGUCAGAUCAGCGUUUGCGGCCUCACCCUUGUGGAUUGGCACUUCCCUACUUACGAUACUGCGCCUGGACCAAAAACCCAGGCCGAGCGGCGACAAGGCGGUGUGUUCAGGCGAUGCGGCUUGUGCCCAAGUAACUGAGUUGGCCGGCUGUUCAAGAGAAGCGAGUGCGACAGCUCGGAGUGUUGAAUCUGGAUCUAUUGAAUCUAUGGAUUCUCUGCUAUCGAUGUAUUUAGAUCAUCUCGAACCCCCAGCUCCACCCUUCGGAUCCCGUGUUCCGUAUUGUACGUCACGAAGGUUGUACUUCGUGUACUUUACGGGUGUCGGGCAAGACGUCUCGCUGCUUGACUUCUUUGACCGUUUCAUCGUCUUCGGACGAAUUGUUCACAUAAUAUGGAUCUAUAAGAGCGGAUAUUCACUAACUGGAAACGGCUACGUGGCCUUUGAUUUGCCUGGUUCUGCCUCCGCUGCACUCGCUGCAGGUGCGGUCAAAAUUAGGUCCUCGACUAUCACUCUGACAGAGCAAAGUCCCACCCACCUGCCUGAUCCUAGUUCGUGCUUCUCUAUUACCUUCAAUGGUUUACGCAAGUACACCUCGGAAGCGCAAUUGCUUGAACACUUUAAUUUGUACGGGCCUGUUGCAAAUAUAGACGAAAACGGUUGUGGAAUGCUGUGGGUCAGCUACAGUGAUAUAACCAGUGCCAUUGUAGCGGCACUAGUCAAAGAACACGAUAUUGAAGGCUCGAUUUUACGCCCAAUCUAUGUAGCGCUCCAUUGCCUCGAGUCGAGCCAGGCAUCUGAGGUGCUGUACCAGUGCCUUCGUUUCACCUCGCACCCUGGGCGAUAG